AUGACGGUACACAUCGCCAAGGUCAAAGUCAGACCUCGGAAAAACUUACCCCCCAGUGUGUGUGCAGUGGAGCUCUCAAAUAUGUUAGGGUGCUGGGCAGCAACAGGUGACAUGCUAGCAAGCAAUCAAUGUCAGGUGGCUGCCGAGACUUUGUUUCAAUGCAUGCGGACGGCACCUGUCCGCGGCAAACAACCUAGAUCGUCGAUAAAUUACCACCUCGCUAGACUGGGCAAAAACUCCAAAUAG